AUGCCACCACUAACUGAUCCUAAUGCUCCACCAGCAACAGUCUGGGAUAAACUAAAACAAAAUUUUUCUAUGUUUAUCGAAAUAUCAAAAAAUAGACCAAUACGUGAAACACUUUGUUUAAAAGAAGCAUGUAUGGCUGCAUUUCUUUUAACAACAAAUCUUUUAUCUAUGGGACGUUUUACACAACGUCGUGCAACUAAAUAUCAUGAACGUAAAGCAACAAUACUUGUAUCAAAAAUGAUACGAACUAAAGUGUUAACUGAUGGUACAGCUAAACAAGCAGAAUUUGAAACGUUUAUUUGCAAAAUCUCGAGUCGAAUUAGCUGAAUUAGAACGUCAACUUGAUGAAAUUAUAUCUAAACAACAAACUGAAAGAAAUUAAAAUUCUUUUUUUCUUUUUUGUUUUAAAUCUUUAUAACAGGAAAAAAAAUUCUAUUUCUAUUCUUCAUAUUUCUAGAUCUAUGGCAUCAUGAACAGUUCUUAUUACCGGUAGUACGAGGUAUUUUUCUUUUUAUCUUAUCGACAUUUGUAGACAGAAAACUACGCUUGAUUUCAAACAAUUCCCUGUUCCAUUCUCUAUACAAUCACACUAGGAUAUUAGAUCUAAGCUUCAAAGUUGGCGAGAGAAUCGAAGAAUAUUGAGCUUCUCCGAUAUGUACCGAUUUCUAGAGGACUUUUGUAAAACAAUUGCUAUUUUGUUUUGAGCGUAAAAGAAAAUUAUGAUACAGAAACAAAUUUCUUCGCACUGAAUGACAAGUCCUAUGUUUAGUGGAAAUAUUCAUUUUCAAUGAUGAGGAAACUUCACCAAUUGAUAGCCUCUAUUUGAGCUAAUAUUUUACUUAUUAGUAGGGAUCAUAGAAUAGAGGAAAUCUCCAAAAGUAUUUUUGCCAUUGCUGCAUUGUUCCUGAGAAACAAGCAUAACGAGUUUCUCUAAAAGUGGCAUUCAUUUUCAAGCAACUUGUAAUCCAAAAAUGUAAAUAAGAUGUACCUUGUGGAAGAGAAUGGUUUACUUUCGCACAUCCUUUGUGAAAAUUACUUCUACCUUCUAUUAUUCUUUCGCAUGUUUAUUAUGUCCGAAAAACGCAUGGAUAAGAUAUAGAAAAGAAAAUCGUUCACAGAUGUGAAAAAAUAUCAUGAAAAAAUAAUAGAAAAGGUGAUUCAAUGAAUUUCUCUCCUCCAUUUGUAGAACAUUGGAUUAGAUACAGUUGAUCUUUCUACAACAAGUAAAAAUGCGUAAAAUGAAUUUGUCAAAAAUAUCUUGUUUCUCUGAAACAAAAUGGCAAUGACACAAAUCCUUUUGAAGAUUUCUCUACUAUAUGAGCCAUACUAAUAAGUUUAAACAGAGGGUAUCAGCUAGUAAAGUUAGACGAUAGAUAAAUAUUCUCCUGAAAAACUUAAGGGUGGGUGUGAGUGGCUGGUGGUGAGGGUGAGGUGUGAGUGUGGGUGUAGGUGGGUGUGAAUGUGGGUGGGUGUGGGUGUGGGUGGGUGUGGGUGGCUCGGCGUGGGUGUAUGUGUGGGUGAAAAAAAAGAAUCACACCCACACCCUCACAGCGCAAAGAAAAUUGUAGAAGUAUGGUCAUUGUUGUAGCUUGUCUUUUUUGUCGGAGUUUAUCAUCGAGCUCUUUUUCAUUCUCAGAGUCUUAUUGAUGGGACAUUGCGUAGUUCUGCAGCCGUCCACCAAAUGUGAGGGUACUGGACUUUUUCCUUGUCAAGGAAACAUUAUUCAAUGAGACACGAUGUGCUCAACAACGGCCCUGCACCUUUUUUUAUACAGUCCUAUCACAUAAGGAGUCUCUUUUCAGAUAAUAUGGUGAAGGCUACAUUUUUUUUCUAACAUGAAAAGGCUCAUUUUGUAAAUCUCAUAAAGGUCUUCUUUUCCUUGCAAUAACUUCAUUGCUCAUAUUCACGAAUGAUUAUUGGAAUCAUUAGUAUAUUUCUAAAAAUCGAUCUUUCUUAUCAAAGCGUUCAGUGGGAGCAUUUGCUGUUGAUUCACUUUUGCUCGAUUACUUUUGUUCCGAACUUGGCUACUAGAAUAAAGUCAAACGGUAUAUACACGUGAUAAAUAUAUGUAUUGUAGUUAUGAAACUCACUUUUGGCAUGUAUCGGUAAUUGAGCGUGUGACUUGAUAAUGUAAUCUUUCAAUUCAGGUAAUUCACGAAUUCGUUGAAGUAACUCUUGCACAUUUGUAUAUUUGUCGAGCAAUGUACGUCCACCAUCGAUUGAACAACAACAAUCGAUAUAGUCAAAUAAUUGAAAAUCAGCCACAGUGGGGGUAUCACCAACAGCAAACUUGCUAUUGUUCUUGUCAAGAUAAGCAUUGAGUUGUUUUAUUUCUUCUGUAAGUGUCGUAUCAAGAAACUUUUUCUUUUCACUUUCCGAAUCGCCAUUUGGACCGAAGCAAAACAUGCCGAAUUUCAUACGAAGAUCAUGAGCUUGUUCACAGAGCAUCAUAAUCAGGGCUUCCUCUUUUGGAUUCUUUCCCAUAAGAUUAUUUUGGCGACCGAGAUAGUACAAAAUGGCCUUCGACUGUGUGAGCUUGAAGUUGCCAUCGAUCAGAUAGGGUAAAUUUGGAAAAUCUAAAUGAGCAACACGAGUGAAUGCAAGUGAACCUGUCAGUGAACUAACCCAAACCGAGUUUAAACUUUUCACUAAGCCAUUCAUCGCGACUGUAUUCAGGAGCAUCACCCAUCUGGUACAUUUUGUCAGUAUAAGAUGUUUUAGUAUAGUGAAGAGUCAAUCGUGAUGGUUCAGCCAG